AGUUUUUACUUUUUAGGGCAGAUGAUUUGCAUAAAUGUGAGGCUGCUUUCUUACUGGCUUUCAAGGGUCAUAAAAGACAGGAGCUUAUACAUAAACCCGGGACAGACGAGACACUGAGGACUUGAGAGGGAAAGCGAUCGUGAAGAUACACAGAGUGUGAUUUUUCACCAUAAAGAAUAAGCUGUAAUCAUGUCUUACUGCGAGGAAAAAAUAAAGAAAAAGCUGCCAAAGGUAAGAAAUAUCUUUCGCAAUUAAAAGAAGAGUAUCUAUUUAUUACCAACUUUAGGAUCGGUGCUGUUUAAUAAUUUAUAUUUAUCCUUUUCAAAUGAAGACGUACCUUCGGAAGCAUGUUGCUCAUGAAAUAGGUGUUGCACUGACUUUCUACAAACACCUCGUCCCAGUGAUGGACAAAUACUGUAAGAAAAAUUGAUGUGUGGCUAAACUUCCUCAACUUGAAGAAUAUUACAGCUACAGCAGUCUAAAGUACAGUUAACACUCAUUGUUUAAUGUUUUACAGUUUACAAUGAUGGCACCUCAAAAGACUUGAUGAGUAUAACUGGGACCAUUCCAGUCAAAUUUGAUGGUAAAGUCGCUUUAACUUCCUCCUUGUUUUAUUCUGUGUAACCUCAUAAAAGGUUACAGUAUAACUUGAAGCUGACUUGAAGCUUUCUGAUUUCACAUGUAUAAAAAAUAAAUUCUGCCUAUUCCAACAAAAGAUAAGACUUACAACAUCCCAGUGUGCCUGUGGCUGGAGGAAAGCUACCCCCAAACUGCUCCCAUCUGCUACGUCAGACCCACUCGAGAGAUGAAGGUGCUCAAAGGAACUUUUGUGUCCAGCGACGGCAAAGUGGAGCUGCCUUACCUGGAUGAGUGGAAAACAGUAAGAAAUUCAGCGUUGUGUCAGCUAAAUGUAAAAUGGGAUAUUACUUGGUUUUACAGGUAUACAUAAUUUGAGUGCUUUUUUUUCUUCUUUCAGGGUGAAUGUGACCUAGUAAGCCUCCUACAGGUGAUGUGCGUCAUGUUUGGAGACUUUCCUCCUGUGUGCAGCCUCUUACAUCAACCUAAUCCAGAGCCAGAACAAGCCUCUUGUACGUAUCACACAUACAGACAGUCAACAAGCAGGUUGCAAACUUGAUUUAAGCCCUGCAUAUAAACUGAUAUGAGAUAAAAAUCCAUGUCUACCUUCAUUAAUCUCAGACUAAAGGUGCCUCUCCUUUGUCAGCAUGUUUAUGACCCUGUUGUGAUUGCUGUGACCUGUUCUUUUUUAGGUUGGCUGCAGUUCCAGAGAGAAGCGCAGAUCUACUCAGACUCAAAUGGAAGUAUGUACAUGUAUUUACCCAGAGAAGACGGUCAGUUCUUUCAGCAAGAGCAUGAAACAACCUGCUAGUCAUGAAUGGAAUUUUGGCAUGUAUUUUUAAGGACUGUGUUGUCUCAGUAUGUUUUUUUUUUCUGUUUCAAUGGUAUCCAUUGUUAAGUUUAUGUGUCAUUAAUGAUCAAUUCUGUAUAUCAAGUGAUUUUGAAAGUAAAUGUCUGUGAAAAACAUACCGGUUGUGUAUUUUUUGACAUGCUUUUGAAUGUUUUUCAGCUGAACAUAAACCUAAAGCAUAUUCCCGUGACUUCAUUUCCCUGAAUCGUUUUAUCUUGUUUAACUGCACCUAUAAAAUCUGUUAUAUUUUGACUUAUUCAGAAAUGUUUUGGACCUUUGACCAAUGAACAGUUACUAGGUAACUUAGAAAAACACACACCCUGCCUAUGAAGGAUGAUUCAUUGUGUAAUUGAAGUUUAAUGUGAAAAUUUGCAGAUUUCACUGAGGUAUUUUAAAACUAAAUUCUAUUGAUUUCAGCUGUUUUAUGCAAGGGUGUUAAUCAAUGUUUGACAACUUAUUUUGCUCAUUUCAAAAAUGUUUACACUUGCAAGACAUCCUCACAAGCUUUUAUCUUCUGUAUGAAAUAAUAAAGUUUUCAAUUCAAUGCUUCAAAAGAUAGAGAGAUUUGUAUUAUAUUCUUUUUCUCUUGUUUACUGCUUACUGGAUUCUUAGAAUUGUCAUUGAGUAACAGGAGUUAGAUCUACAAUUGACCGGUCUGGAUAUGACUGUUCAUGUUUCCAAUGAUUUAAGUGUUGAUUUUUCUAGCAAGGCUACAGGUUUUGGUUGAAAAAAAAUUAUUUCACUUGUUGAGCAGCUUUGACAAAAAAAAAAUAAAUAAAUGAAAAAAUAAUUGCUCUAGGAGUGCAGGACAGAUCUGGGCUUUUUUUUCUUUUAAAUCUCUUCAAGAUAUAUCAGUGUGGAGCAUUUACAGCUGUAUAAUGCCCAUCAAAAACAUGGGACAGGCCAUGUUUUAUAAGUCAUCCCGAUACAUCCAUGUUUUUAAAAUAUGUAUAAUAUCUGUCAUGAUUAAGUCUAGCCUGCUUAAAAAUAAUACUUAAAACUAGGCUAGUAUUAAAUAAGCGCCUUGCUUUUGCCUGUGGCGUUUCUGUCACCAACCAGUAUACUAUUGUGGUUUAAGUGUUUGCACUGCGAAACAUGUAAUUGUAUGGUGACUGAAUAAAGAAACAACAAAACAUCAUCUGCCAUGAA